CUCGAGAAGAGGGGACCUACGGAUUUCUAAUCAUCCCGCACAUAUUAAGGACCGUUAGACAGCUAUAUGUAGAAAAGUGUUCAUUUCUCUGUUGUUGCAACAGCUCGCGUUCAGGAUUUUAUUUCAAACUGAUCUCUCCACUUACUGAGCUAAAGAGUUUGGGAAAGAUUUUGCUGCUCAGAAUUAAGGAUUGGGGUAUCAGUAGGUUCUGCAAUGUCUUGCUGUGACGCACGGACUACUAAAUUCUGCUCUCUUUGAGAAAGCAUUAUAUCAAAUGGCUAUAGAUCUUGCGCAUAUGGCGACAUGGUUUCAGGCUGACAGCGUACAACACAGGAGCUUUCUUGUUCGUUUGGGAAGUUGCACAGCGCAUAUGUUUUCGUGGACCAAAGCUAUGGGUAAUUCCUAAGCUGUGACUGGAGAAGAAGCGGUGUGAAGACAGAGCGAGGGAAUAAAGAGGAGUGCACUUGUUGUUUGGAGAUGAUUUUGAUAUUUCUCUUUUUCUCGAUCUUGGAUGGAGGGCUAUCGCAGCUGCACUUCUCGGUACCAGAGGAGCAGGAGCGGGGAACGGUUGUGGGAAAUAUCGCCGAAGAUCUGGGGCUGGACAUCACCAAACUUUCCGCGCGCCGUUUCCAGACCGUGCCCAGCGCGCGCACGCCGUACCUGGAGGUCAACCUGGAAAACGGAGCGCUGGUGGUGAACGAGCGCAUCGACCGAGAGGAGAUAUGUCGCCAGACCGUCCCGUGCCUCCUGCACCUCGAAGUGUUUCUGGAGAACCCGCUCGAGCUGUUUCGCGUCGAGAUCGAGGUCAUGGAUAUAAACGAUAAUCCACCGAGUUUCCCAGAGACAGACAUCACAGUGGAGAUCACCGAGAGCGCCACACCGGGUACGCGUUUCCCGGUGGAGAACGCUUUCGACCCUGACGUGGGGACUAAUGCCUUGAGCACAUACGCCAUCACCACAAACAACUACUUUUACUUGGACGUACAGACGCAGGGCGACGGCAAUCGCUUCGCAGAGCUCGUGCUGGAUAAACCUCUGGACCGAGAGCAGCAGGCGAUUCACAAAUACGUGCUCACCGCCGUGGACGGAGGGCAGCCGCAAAGGACCGGCACCGCACUGCUAGUGGUUAAAGUGCUGGACUCAAACGACAACGCGCCCACGUUCGAUCAAUCCGUUUACUCUGUGAGCUUGCGCGAGAACUCUCCAGUUGGCACGCUCGUUAUUCAGCUCAACGCCAGCGACAUGGACGAGGGCCAGAAUGGAGAGAUUGUUUACUCUCUAAGUAGUCACAAUUCGCCGCGCAUUCGGGAUCUGUUUAAUAUCGACUCGCGCACCGGGAGGAUUGAAGUGACCGGUGAGGUGGAUUACGAGGAGAGCAGCACGCAUCAGAUCUACGUGCAGGCGAAAGACAUGGGGCCGAACGCAGUGCCCGCUCACUGCAAAGUUCUGGUCAAACUCAUCGACGUGAAUGACAACACGCCGGAGAUUAGUUUCAGCACUGUCACGGAGUCGGUGAGCGAGCAGGCUGCCCCGGGCACGGUGAUCGCUCUGCUGAGCGUCACGGACCGUGACUCCGGCGAGAACGGACAGAUGACCUGCGAGCUGCACGGCGAGGUUCCGUUCAAACUCAAGUCGUCGUUCAAAAACUAUUACACGAUCGUCACGGACGGCCCACUAGACCGCGAGAAAGCGGAGUCGUAUACGCUCACGGUGGUCGCCAAAGACAAGGGGGUACCCUCUCUCUCCACGAGCAAGUCCAUCAAAGUACACGUCUCGGACGAAAACGACAACGCGCCCAGAUUCAUGCAGUCGGUUUACGACGUGUACGUGACGGAAAAUAACGUCCCAGGCGCUUAUAUUUACGCGGUGAGCGCCGUGGAUCCUGAUGUUGGACAGAACGCCUAUGUCACUUACUCCAUAUUGGAGUGCGAAAUACAGGGCAUGUCCAUCUUAACCUACGUGUCGAUCAACUCCGAGAACGGCUACCUGUACGCGCUGCGCUCUUUUGAUUACGAGCAAAUCAAAGAGUUCAGUUUCAUGGUGCACGCCAAGGACUCCGGUGCGCCCGAGCUAACGGCCAACGCCACCGUUAAUGUCAUCAUAGUGGACCAGAACGACAAUGCCCCGUCUGUAAUUGCGCCUCUGGGCAAAAACGGCACCGCGAGGGAACACUUGCCCCGAUCAGCCGAGCCAGGUUACCUGGUGACCCGUAUUGUGGCCACGGACGCGGACGAUGGCGAGAACGCGCGCCUGUCAUACAGCAUCCUCCGCGGAAACGAGCUCGGGAUGUUCCGAAUGGACUGGAGAACCGGCGAGUUACGCACCGCGCGCCGGGUAUCCAGCAAACGGGACCCGCCGCACCCGUACGACCUGUUGAUCGAGGUGCGCGACCACGGGCAGCCGCCGCUCUCGUCCUCCGCGAGCAUCAACGUGCUGCUCGUGGACAGCGUGGUGGAGGGCCGGAGCGGAGACCGGGGGUCAGUGAAAUCCAAAGAGGGCUCGCUGGAUCUUACCCUCAUCCUCAUCAUCGCGCUCGGCUCAGUGUCCUUCAUCUUCCUUCUCGCCAUGAUUGUUCUGGCGGUGCGCUGUCAAAAGGACAAAAAGCUCAACAUCUACACGUGCAUGGCCGGAGACUCGUGCUGUCAGUGCUGCAGUCGCCAAGCGCGCGGACGCAAGAAAAAGCUCAGUAAAUCGGACAUCAUGCUCGUGCAGAGCACUAACGUGGCCAGCACAGCACAGGUGCCGGUGGAGGAGUCGGGCAGCUUCGGCUCACACCACCAAAACCAGAACUACUGCUACCAGGUGUGCCUGACACCAGAGUCUGCCAAAACCGACCUGAUGUUCCUCAAACCUUGCAGCCCAUCUCGGAGCACAGACACAGAGCACAACCCGUGCGGGGCGAUCGUUACCGGAUACGCCGAUCAGCAACCAGAUAUCAUCUCCAACGGGAGCAUUUUAUCGAGCGAGACCAAGCAUCAGAGAACUGAGCUCAGCUACCUGGUGGACAGACCUCGUCGUGUUAAUAGCUCAGCGUUUCAAGAGGCAGAUAUCGUCAGCUCUAAAGACAGCGGACACGGAGACAGUGAGCAGGGAGACAGCGACCAUGAUGCCACCAACAGGGGCCACACGGCAGGAGCUGAUCUUUUCUCCAACUGCACUGAAGAGUGCAAGGCUCUGGGGCACUCCGACCGCUGCUGGAUGCCCUCCUUCAUGCCCGGCGACAGUCGCCAGGGUGCCGACUACCGUAGCAACCUGCACGUCCCGGGGAUGGACGCGGUGCCGGACACUGAGGUACAGGAGAGCGUGGUUCCGGGCGAUCCGUGCAAUCGGGCCGAUGAUAGAUCAUUCUCCACGUUUGGCAAAGACAAGUCACACCACGGCACGCUCACACGCCACGAGCUACACACACUCUUACCAAGCGCCCGAGCGCCUUACAAACCCAACUAUCUGUGUGAGUACUCACUCAAAAUGUACGAUUUCUGAUCCCCCCCUCUCAGAUCUGAUCCACUGCCGUCAUCUAAUCCAUGGCUCUGUUUGUAUAAAACUAUUUAUAUUUCUAUAAUAAAUAAAUCUAUGUAAUCUCAAACACCCUUUUCCUGACCUAUUCUCUCACUUUCUAAUUUGUUUUCCCCCUUUCCUUCUAAAACAAAAUGGCAAAAACCAAAAAAAAAACAAAAACAAUGUGUAAUAUAUGGACAUAUCAAUAAAGGAAUUUUUUGGAGUGAAUUUGUGGAGUUGUG